AGAAACUUCAAAAAAAGAUUACAUGCGCACAAUUUAGGUGAUGGAACAGAGCUUUCUAUGGAGGGCCGUGUAGUAGGACUACGCUCGAUAUUUCAAGGGGCGUUAUUUAGGACUAAUUCAUUAGCCGAAACAACGUUAUCCACUUCUUCCUUUUCGAAACUCUCGCCUGAGUCGCCUUUAGCAGGUUCCUCUCCAACAAUGAGCUGCGCAGUAUGUGGUGAUGUCAGCAGCGGGAAACACUACGGGAUAUUAGCAUGCAAUGGUUGCUCAGGAUUUUUCAAGAGAUCUGUGCGGCGACGGCUCAUCUACAGAUGCCAUGCUGGAACAGGGAACUGUGUUGUGGACAAAGCUCACAGGAAUCAAUGCCAAGCAUGUCGGCUGAAAAAAUGUCUUAGAAAAGGAAUGAACAAAGACGCUGUACAGAAUGAACGACAACCACGAAAUACGGCCACCAUACGUCCAGCAACUGAUAUGGACCACCGUCACUUUUUACGAGAACAUAUUGGGACUGUCUCAGUGGUAUCAUCCCACCCAGAACUACCACCUCGUGAAGAGUCACCACUGAGUACUGCCGGCGCUGGAAGAACAGGGAAAGAUAAGGUGUCUUUUAUCGUCCCUACUCUCAUUGAUACGCAUUCCGAGAGUUUUGCCCCCACUCUCAAUCAUACGCAUUUCGAAAGUAUAGAAGAUGAUUCAGAAAAAUUAUUGAUAUAUCGAAAAAUUUCAUUGUUGAAGUAA